CUCUCUCUCUCUGGUGAUUGGCGCUCUCUCAUUUCCGGAUAGGCCUAGUUUCCGGAUAAAAACCUGCGUCCCUCGAGCCUUCGAGAUGAGUACUAUGUUUGCUGACACCGUCCUCAUUGUUUUCAUAUCUGUGUGCACCGCGCUGUUAGCCGAGGGCAUAACAUGGGUGCUGGUUUAUAGAACUGAUAAGUACAAACGACUGAAAGCAGAAGUGGAGAAGCAGAGUAAAAAACUGGAAAAAAAGAAAGAAACAAUCACUGAAUCAGCUGGUCGACAGCAGAAAAAGAAAAUAGAGAGGCAAGAGGAGAAACUGAAGAACAACAACAGGGAUCUGUCAAUGGUUCGCAUGAAGUCCAUGUUUGCAAUUGGUUUUUGUUUCACUGCUCUGAUGGGUAUGUUCAAUUCCAUAUUUGAUGGCCGGGUAGUUGCAAAGCUCCCCUUUGUGCCCCUUUCCUACAUCCAGGGUUUGUCCCAUCGUAAUCUGUUGGGUGAGGAUUAUACAGAUUGUUCCUUCAUCUUCCUCUACAUUCUCUGCACUAUGUCUAUUCGGCAGAAUAUUCAGAAGCUGCUGGGCCUAGCUCCUUCCCGAGCUGCCACCAAACAAGCAGGAGGAUUCCUCGGCCCACCACCUCAAGCUGGGAAAUUCUCUUGAAACUGGAGAUAUAAUUUGAUAUAUCCCGCUGAUGGAAAAAUGUCCUGCCUGGUUUGCAAGAAGUUCCAGUUCUACAAAAGGCUUUCUAAACAUUAUACCUGGAUGGCUAAGGGCAGCUGUAACAUCUGUGUUUUACAAAGGGAUCAGCACUGAAGCACAACCUUUGGCCAGAUCUCAGAAUUUCCCUCUGGGGUGUAUUUGGGAAAUGUUAGUGGUGCUUAAAAUGGGACCCUGCCUUGCUUCAGUGAAGGCCGCAGCCAAACUGCCCCUUUUGCGAAAUGAAACUAGCUAAAAUAACAGUGACUGAGCCACACAUCUAACCAUCAGUAUUGUUGGAAGAAUUCCAUGAGAUGCCUUUUUAAAGGUGAAAAUAAAGUAAUUGUGCUUGUCUGUA